AUGCCCUCCGAUAAACAAACCAAAACAUCCAAUGCUUCAAAACCUCUCACCCCCGCUCUUUCUUCCAACUUUCGCGCUGGAAGGCCGGCAGUGGCCCCUAGACUAGCUGGCUCUUCUUCCACCAGUACCAAUACCAAUACCACCACCAGUGGCCCGGCUUCGGCGACAUCUUCUCCUGCGUUGAACCCCCGUAAAGAGCCCUUCGUCAGAUCCAGAUCUCCUGGCAAGACCGAGGGUCAGACUACUCCCCUCAGUCACAAUGUCACCCCUAGAUCUGGCGCGAGGAAGUCGAGGAUUGGUACCGAGUCUCCUUCUACACCAGCUCCUAUGAGGCUGCCCACCACCACCGUUCCAAAGAGAUCUCCAGUCGACGAUGGUCCACGGCCAUCCGCCGUUCGAUCACCCGGGCUGGGUAUAAUAAAUCCCCGGCUCAAUAUGAGUACAACAGCCCUACCAAACCCGGCUACUUCUUCUCCAUCAGCUGUCACUUUCCACAGAAGAGUAUCCGCAGCAAAGAGCAUGAUUGAAGCAACCAAGGAGUCCACUAAAUUCUUUCAUGCCAAUGAGGUGAAAUCUCCAAUCAAUUCUCCAAUCGCUGAUGAUGGGUCUCGACUGCCGCCCACCCGAGGUCAAUUCUUUGUUGGUUCUCCACCGUUGCCCGUUAUGCCUGCCGCCCAACCAUCGAUCAUGCCAAAGGGAGACGAAGACAAGGAUACCAAAUUUUUCCGAGCCAACGAUGUUCCCCAGCAGAGUGCUCUCAAGCGCAUUCCACAACUCCCUUUACCAACAGAACAAUCGAACGAUGGUCUUACAAGUCAGACCCUACAUCUUCAACAAACUGCAAGUAAUCAAACGUGGCGAGCUACGCCCCCUUCUUCGCCCAACAAAUCACAAAGGCCUUUCCUACCACAACCUGUAUCUCCGCGAAAAUAUGUUCCACUCAAUAAGGAGCCUACACCCCCACACAAAACACGAUCUAGCAUGGAAGGCCCCAAAAUCACCAACAACAAUGCUGGAUUUACUUACUCCAACAAUCUACCUGGGCACAGAAAGUCUACCAGUGCUGGUUCAAUGACAGCAAUGGCUGAGAACUGGACUGGUGAUUCAAGAGUUCCACUUCCUCUUCCUCUAGAGCCACGAUCGGCUCCAUCAGGCUCCCCCUAUAUGGUGGGAAGCAAUAUGCUUUCCCCCGAAACGCUGAGCCCUAGGUCCCUCAGUCUCGCGUCAUCAAACACCGUUCCUACCUCCAUCACCAGUGACACCGAUUUGCCAGAUGUUUCCAAACCGCCUGCUUUGUUGACAAAUCUUCCCGAUGCUCCCAUUGAGUUGAUCACUUCUCCAUCUCAUUCUCAUGUGGACGAUGCUGCAAAUGCUCGAAGAGAGCGCAAAGUUCUUGACCUUGAGAUUUCGAAUUCUUCCUUACUGGCCAUUAACAAGACCCUGGAACGGGAACUCCGAAAACAAAGUGCCGAGCUGAGACGUUUUCGGCGAUUGUCCAGGUCCGGGAGAUUGUCCAUGGUGCCCACUGCAAGGAGUGUUUCUGGCCAGUCAAACUUCAGCCUGGGCACAGUUACUGAAUAUGAUGGCGAUGACCAAGUUUCCUCCGAGAACGAGGAAGAUAGCGAGCUUGAUGAGCUUGACGAUGAAGAUGACUCCCUAAUAUCCAAUGAUUCGGGGUCUUUGGUCAGCCAAUCUGCUCGUUCACGGCAACGUGCUAGGGACGAGAAGCGACUGAUGCUUGACCUGUCGAAGCACCAACAGCUUCUUAUUGAUUCACAGAAAUUGAGCCAGAGCAUAAAAAGAUGCCUGACGUGUACAGAGGAAUUGAUCAGGGAUGGAAACAAAGCUUUAGACUAUAGAGUUGGGAUCGGCGAUGUCAAACUCGGUGGCAGGGUGUUGAAUGAUGAGGAGCUCGAUGAGCGAGGAUUUCAUACCGGUGAUGAUGAAAUCCAAGCAAGGCAAGGACUCUUGAGCCCCACUCUUGCCAAAAAUGAAGUGAGCGAGGUACAAACCUGGGCUUUUAGCAAUUCGAUCGGUCAGGAUGGUGGAUUUCCUGCUCUCGAACAGAUGACGGAAUUGUUAAAAGAUGCCGAAAUGGUGCUGAGCCAUCAACCGGGCAUACCGAUGCAAUCAGUCGCACAACCAGAUAGUGAACAUUGA